GGCCGCCGGGGGAGGCACCAUGAGCGUGAGGCCGCCGCAGGCCGCCCUCGACAGGUUGAGCAGCCUGUCUUCCCUGGGCGAUUCGUCUUCGGAGCGGAGGUCUCCCGGGCACCGCCGCCAGCCCUCUGACUCCUCCGAAACCACAGGUCUGGUCCAGCGCUGCGUCAUCAUCCAGAAGGACCAGCAUGGCUUCGGCUUCACGGUCAGCGGGGACCGCAUCGUCCUCGUCCAGUCCGUGCGGCCAGGAGGAGCGGCCAUGAGAGCCGGGGUGCAGGAGGGCGACCGCAUUGUCAAGGUGAACGGCAUGAUGGUGACCAACAGCUCCCACCUCGAGGUGGUCAAGCUGAUCAAGUCUGGCGCCUACGUCGCUCUGACCCUCCUGGGCUCCCCCCCGCCGUCGGUGGGGCUCUCCAACUCCCAGCAAGACGUGAGCACGCCGGGGGCUCCCCGCGUCGUCCCCGCUUGCCCCCCGCCGCCUCCGCCCCCGCCGCUCCCACCGCCGCAGCGCAUCACCGGCCCCAAGCCCCUGCAGGACCCCGAGGUUCAGAAGCACGCCACGCAGAUUCUCCGCAACAUGCUGCGGCAGGAGGAGGCAGAGCUGCAGCGCUUCUACGAGGCGUACAGCCGCAACCCCGCCACCGUGGUGGAGGAGCAGAUCGAGGGGGCACGCCGGCGGGUCAGCCAGCUGCAGCUCAAAAUCCUCCAGGAGACCGGCGGCUCCGUGGAUUCGGGGCGGCUCUGCGGUGACUCCGGCUUGGCCGCUUUCAGAGCGGCAGAAGGCCGCCUCUCGCUGGACUCUCAGGACGGUGACAGCGGCUUGGAGUCGGGCACAGAGCGGUUCCCCUCCGUCAGCGAGAUGUCCCUGAACCGCAACUCCGUCCUCUCCGACCACGGCCUGGACAGCCCGCGGACCUCCCCGGUCAUCACCUCCCGCUUCUACCAGCACCACCGCCGCCAGGGCUCCGACACCCCCUUCGCCCCCACCGCCGAGCAGGGAUCGGAGCGCGCGGGACGCCCCCUCAUCAUCGGGCCGGAGGAGGAUUACGACCCGGGAUACUUCAACAACGAGUGCGACUCCCUCUUCCAGGACCUGGGCAAGCUCAAGUCGCGGCCGGCACACCUGGGGGUCUUCCUGCGCUACAUCUUCUCCCAGGCCGAUCCCAGCCCCCUGCUCUUCUACUUAUGCGCAGACGUGUGCCAGCAGACGGCCGCAAAGGAUUCACGGGUCUUGGGAAAGGAAAUCUGGAACAUCUUCUUGGAGAGGAACGCGCCUCUCCGAGUGAAAGUGUCGGAGCAGCUCCUGGCUGAGAUCGAGACUCGCCUGCGGAACGGGGACGAUGUCCGAGCCGCCCUCUUUGAGGCUCAGGAGAUGGUGAUGCCCGAGAUCCAGGAGCAGAUCCAGGACUACAGGACGAAGCGCACCAUGGGUCUGGGGAGCCUGUACGGGGAGAACGACCUCCUCGACCUGGACGGGGACCCCCAGAAGGAGCGGCAAGUGGCCGAGAAGCAGCUGGCCCAGCUGGGUGACAUCCUGUCCAAAUAUGAAGAGGACAGGAGCUCCCCCAUGGCCUUUGCCCUCAGCACGUACAUGAACCACACCGGCAUCCGCAGCCGGGAGCCGCGCGUGGCCAGCGCCAGCGAGAAGGCGCAAGCCCUCCCGGACAAGGACAAGUGGCUGCCCUUCUUCCCCAAGACCAAGAAGCUCUCCUCUCGGGUGCCCCAACAGAGCAGCAGCACGAAGAAGGACAAGGAUGCCAUGGAAGACAAGAAGCGCAACCCCAUCCUCAAGUACAUCGGGAAGCCCAAAAUCUCCUCCCAGAGCACAUUUCAUGUCCCUUUGUCCCCUGUCGAAGCAGUCAAACCCGGCAAUGUGAGGAACAUUAUCCAGCACUUUGAGAACAACCAGCAUUACGAGAGCCAGGAGCCCGGCACGCAGCGCCUCUCCACCGGCAGCUUCCCCGAGGACCUGCUGGAGGCUGACGGCUCCCGCGCCGAGGUCAAGCUGGGCCGGUCGGAGAGCUUGAAAGGCCGCGAGGAGAUGAAGAAAUCUCGGAAAGCAGAAAACGUGCCCCGGUCCCGCAGCGACGUGGACAUGGAUGCCGCAGCCGAGGCCACCAGGCUUCACCAGUCGGCGUCGUCCUCCGCCUCCAGCCUGUCCACCAGGUCGCUGGAAAACCCCACGCCCCCCUACACGCCCAAGAUGGGACGCAGGAGCAUCGAGUCGCCCAGCCUGGGCUUCGGCGUUGACCCCUUCCUGCCUCACCUCCUGGAGGACGAGCAGGGCCAGCUCUCGGACCUGGAGCCCGAGCUGGACUCGCAGAACUGGCAGCACACGGUCGGCCGGGAGGUGCUGGCCAGCCUGCCGCAGAAGGAGAUCGACCGGCAGGAGGUGAUCAACGAGCUCUUUGCCACGGAAGGGUCUCACCUCCGCAUCCUCCGGGUCCUCGACCUCCUCUUCUACCAGCGGAUGAGGAAGGAGAGCCUGCUGUCCCACGACGAGCUGGCGCUGCUCUUCCCCAACCUCCCAGACGUGAUCGAAGUCCACAAUUCCCUCUCCGAAUCCAUGAAGAAGCUCCGGGAAGAAGGACCAAUCAUCAAGGAAAUCGGGGAUCUCAUGCUGUCUCGGUUCGACGGCCUGGCCAAGGAGGAAAUCCAGCAGGUGACUGCGGACUUCUGCUCGUACCAGUCCAUCGCCCUGGAGCUGAUCAAAACCAAGCAGCGCAAGGAGACCCGUUUCCAGAUCUUCAUGCAGGAAGCAGAAAGCAACCCGCAGUGCCGGCGCCUGCAGCUCAAGGACUUGAUCAUCUCCGAAAUGCAGCGCCUGACCAAGUACCCGCUGCUGCUGGAGAACAUCCUCAAGCACACCGAGGCGGGCACCUCGGAGCACGACAAGCUGUGCCGAGCCCGGGACCAGUGCCGGGACAUCCUCAAGUACGUGAACGAGGCCGUGAAGCAGGCGGAGAACCGGCACCGCCUGGAGGGCUACCAGAAACGCCUGGACGCCACCUCGCUGGAGAGGACCAGCAACCCCCUGGCUGCCGAGUUCAAGAGCCUGGACCUCACCUCCCGGCGCAUGAUCCACGAGGGGCCGCUCACCUGGCGCAUCGGCAAGGACAAGACCGUGGACCUGCACGUGCUGCUCCUCGAGGACCUCCUGGUGCUGCUGCAGAAGCAGGACGAGAAGCUGGUGCUCAAGUGCCACAGCAAGACGGCGCUGGGCUCCUCGGACAACAAGCAGACCUUCAGCCCCGUCCUCAAGCUCAACUCGGUGCUCAUCCGCUCCGUGGCCACAGAUAAGCGAGCCCUCUUCAUCAUCUGCACGUCGGAGCUGGGCCCCCAGAUCUACGAGCUGGUGGCGCUGACGUCCUCCGAGAAAAACACGUGGAUGGAGGUGCUGGAGGAGGCAGUGCAGAGCUCCACCAGGAAUGCCACCUUCCCCCCCAAGCGCCGGACGCCGGAGCCCACCCGCGCGGCCCCCUCCAGCCUGGUGUUGCCGGACGCCGACGUCUCCCCCAUCCUGUCCCGAGGCGCCGGCUCCGCAGCGGAGGCGGAGGAGAGCUCCUCAGCGGACGACAAUCCCGUCGAGCUGCUGGGCAAGGAGAAGCCCCCGGCGCUGCCCGAGGAGCCGCAAAGCAGCGAGGUAGAGGAGGAAGGGGAGGAAGAGCCCGCGGGGGCGGCCGGAGCCCUCCCGGAGCCCCCCGUGCGCCUGGCGCUGCCGGUGCCGCUCUCGGCGGAGGGGCUGGCCGAGGCGGCCCUGGAGGACGUGGAGAACCUGCGGCUCCUGAUCCUGCGGAGGCUCCUGCCCGGCCGCGACGCGGAGCCCGAGGACGACCUGACGCCCACGCCGUCGGUCAGCGGGGGCGCCCAGCCGUGGGACUCGGUGCUCUGCAGCCAGGAGUCGGCCUCCCAGGAGGUGCCGCCUGAGCCCCCGGCACCCCCCGAGGAACCGAAGCCCCGAGCGAGCUGGGAGGAGACGAGCCGGACGGGUCCGGCAGCGGAGGAGCCCGGCGGCUACAAGGUCGUCCGGAAAGCCCGGGCUCAGGAGGGUGCCCAGGAGGCCACGCCCCCUGCAGGCAGCAGCCAAUCAGAACCUGAGCUGCAGGAAGGAGGCGGAGCUCGUGUAGAUGGCAACUACUUCUACGUCAGCAUGCCCCUGGGACCCCCCAAGCCUGCGCCGCCCCCCAGCCCCCCCCGGGGCUCCCCCUCCCAGGACCCCCCCUCCUGCCUCAGCACCGCCGAGGCCCCCCCGGAGCCCCCCGGCCCCCCCCGCGACGUCGACCUCAUCUUCCGCACCAUCGAGCAGCUGACGCUCAAGCUCAACAGGCUGAAGGCCGUGGAAAGAGCCCACCGGGAGCUGCUGCGCUCCCUGGGGCACGGCUCCUCGCCCGACGCCACCCCCGUGGGGGGCUCGGCCCCGGGGACGGACGGGUGGCCCCAGCGGCCCCCCAGCCCCGAGGGCGGCAGCCCCCUGACCCUGCGGAGCCUGCAGGGCCCCAGCGCCAACACGCCGGGCUGCCGAGCCCCCCUGGCCGAGGACCCCGCUCACGCCGCCGACCUUUAG